AUGGAGGGACUUUUCACUCUGCUCGCUCUGAGCAUUGUGAUGGCAAUUACAUCUUUUGUCAUCGGCUCAUUACCACUUGCUUUUACUCUAUCGCCCUCGCAACUUAGACUUAUAUCUUCAAUUGGAAUGGGAGUCUUGGUGGGAACAUCCUUGAUUGUUAUAAUUCCGGAAGGAGUGGAAACCCUAUAUAGCGCGAGCUCAGUGAGUCGCCAGAAAGAACUCAGCACUCGUUCGACAUCGGCAGUCAAUUGGCAGCAUGCAGUCAUUCCGUCUGUUAUCCCAAAUGACGUCUCCGGCGACUCCGAUCAGUUCCUACACACCUCGUCAGAAUCACCCAUCGAUGACUCGAUUACCGUCCACGCCCCCUCAGAGAAUUUGCAGCGGCGGAAGGAGAGUCUAUCGGAUGACGGCGCAGACCACGACUCCGACCACGAACACGACCACGAAGGCAGCUCGCCGCAUGCCUGGAUUGGAAUUGCGCUUGUCAGCGGUUUCAUUCUGAUGUAUCUGAUCGAUAAAUUGCCGGAGUUUGCAAGCCCGUCCAAACAACCACGACCGCCCCAUCACAUUUCAUUGGACAACCUGGGUUCCGGCCUGCGACGGAACUCAUCGCCUUCACGUGAAGGAGGAUUGCUAGAUGCCGGUAAUAUUCCUAAAAGCAGCCACAGCUUCGCAACAACUACCGGUUUGGUCAUCCAUGCGGCUGCCGAUGGAAUCGCCUUGGGAGCGUCCAGCUCCGAUGCCGGCUUGAGUUUUAUAAUUUUCUUGGCUAUCAUGGUUCAUAAAGCGCCGGCUUCUUUUGGUCUUACAUCCGUAUUGCUUAAGCAAGGGCUCUCUAGCCGUGCCGCGAGGGCUCAUUUGUUGGUUUUCAGUCUAGCGGCGCCCGUGGGAGCUCUGAUGACCUUCCUCUUCGUCCAAGUCAUCGGUUCUGGCUCUAGCGGCGACGAAACAGGCACUAGGUGGCGUACCGGUGUGCUUCUACUGUUUUCGGCAGGCACCUUCUUGUACGUUGCGAUGCACACGAUGCAGGAAAACAGCCCCAACUCGGGUGCGCGUGAAAUACAGGUGAACGGAUAUGGUGAUCCUCGAGACCUGCCAUCUUCGUCCGAAAAGUCAAUGAGAGACCUGAUCGCGUCUGUCAUUGGCAUGAUUCUGCCGCUGUUUCUGCAGAUAGGCCAUGCUCAUUAA